UUUCUUUAAUGUUUAUACUUAAAACUCUUCCAUUUGUUUUAUCUCUCCUUUCGGAAAAAUAUUUUUUUGAAAAAUAUAAAAAAAAAGUUAAUCUUUGUUGAAAGUUUAAAAAAAAAAUUCGGUUUUUAUUUAUUUGGAUAUGUUUUAUUUAUUCUCGUUGUAGUUUGUUUUCUAUUUAAAAAAUAUAUUUUUGGUGGAAAUUGGCUAUGUGUGGAACAAUUUCAUCACGUGCAUUUGAAUUGGGAUUCGGAACUGGAUUCGUGAUUAGCUGCGGCUUCUUUGGAGAUGUUUGAUUGGAACGACGAAGAGCUAAAGAAUAUAAUAUGGGAUGAUUCUGGUGAGACUGACAGCCUUAUAGUACCUUACCAAGAGGGAAGUGAAAACUGUUGUAGUAAGAAGGAAUGGAGUCAAGCAACUGCAGUCAUAAAGCCUAAUGAGCAAAAGAAACCUGGAGAUGAAGUUGAUCUUUGUGAAAGAAAGUUGGAUGGGAGUUCCAAUUUCAAUACAAAGGGAGGGAUUGACACCUCAGGAGUUGGCAUUGGUUCGUGGCCAGAGUUAUCUUUAUCUAAUGCAGCAAAAACUGAUCAGAAUUCCAUGGGUAGCGAAGUCUCUAACAGUUUGGUUGAAGUAACUAAAUGCAGUUCAGACAAUGCAGAGACACCUGAACUUGGUAAAGAUCCUGAAAAUUUUCAAAAUCCCAGUGAAGGUAAAGAACAAGGUGAUUUAGUUGACUACAGCUGGGCUAACAUUGGAAGUUUUGAUGAUCUUGAUCGAAUUUUUAGCAAUGAUGACCCAAUAUUUGGCAAUGUAAGUUUUGGUAGUGCUUAUGAGUUAUGGUCCUCAUCUAAAGAGGUAACAGACAGCCCAGGGAAAUCCUUUCCUACUACCUUGGACUCUCCUAGCGUAGGGAUUGGAGCAUUAAAGAGCACAUCUGAGCCUUUGGAACUCAAAAGUGAGUAUGAGGAACAAGAUAACCAGUUAUUUGCCCUUAGCUAUGGGAAACCAGGUGGUUCUACAUCUCAUGGUCUGCACAAUGAAGAAUUUCCUGGAGAUAAAAGAAAAUCCGUAAUUGAGGGUCAGAUUAAUGUGGAAACUGCAGGGAAAAGAAGUGCAUCAAAGUCUCAUCUCAAUGCUGAAAAAGUUGUGACCCUUGAUGAAUUGGCUAAAAGGGCAGGCAAGUUGAAUAAGCUAUUGAAAUUUCAAAAACGAGCUGAAGAAAUAGGUGAGACAAAACCGGUACAGUACUUAUACGAUACCUGGACUCCGUCUGGAAACCCAUUGGCUGAAUAUGAAAAUAAGUGGGCUACCUCCAUGGUAAAAUCUUCUCCAACUUCAGUUGUAAAUCAGCUGAAGCAGCUUCGAGAAUCUGACUCGCUGCAGUACCAACACAUCUCCAAUUCAUUUGUAGCCCCUUCUACAUAUGGGAAUCUUUUAAACCAAUGUCCUGCAAUACCUGCUUUAUCCAACAUCCAGUCUGGUGAAUUUUAUCAGCAACCCUUACUUUCUUGUUAUAAUGUUUCCCCUGGUAAGGCGAAUCAGGUAAAAAGAUCAGUUAAGGUUGCUGCUACACCCUUGAGCAUGACACCUCAGGAAAAAAUAGAAAAGCUGAGGCGGCGUCAACAAAUGCAAGCACUGUUUGCCAUUCAGGAACAACAGCAGCAGUUUACCAAUCAAGUUCCAUGUAUCAAUCACUCUAUCAUUCAAAAAUCUACUCAAGAAAAUCAAUUUCCUCACAUUGGAGGAGCCGAUAUUGAAGAUCAGAGUGUUCCUGCCUCUUUUGACCCAGCCUCGCCUCGAGAGCAAGAUGAUUCUAACACAGUCUCUGUUGUAAUUGAUGACUGUUCAGUGGAGGAAACAGUACUUUAUCAGCUACAAGAUAUAAUCACAAAGUUGGAUGUGAGAAUUAGACUUUGCAUAAGAGAUAGCUUGUACCGGUUGGCUCAAAACGCAAUGCAGAGACAUCAUGCUAAUGGCACUAGCUGUAAUAACAAAAGUGGCAGGGAUGAAAAUAAAGCUGCGAAAGAAGAAAAUAAGAAUUAUAACAGGAUGUCAGAGGCUGAAACUGAGACCAAUCCAAUUGACCGUGCUGUUGCUCAUUUACUCUUCCAUCGGCCUCUGGAGUUGUCUGGAAAGCAUACUGGGACACCUGAAUCGCCUGCUUCUGUAAAAUUCCCAUUUGAACACAAAUCUGCUGGUUUAAUGAGUUUGCCGAUGGGUUGCGUAUCAGACAAUUCACAAGUUAAACAAAACCUUUCACACCAGGCAUCAAAAGUUCCUUCCCCAUUGAUGGAUUCCCAACCAGUGGAGCAAUUUAAGAACAGCCCUUGCAUAGAUACUUCCGAGAAUGCAUCGACUUAUGGGCCUGCAGACGGUGCACCUGAGGAGGUAGAGGCCUCGCAAUGAAAUCUAGACUUGUUUUAUAAAGAGUCAUCAGCGUCCUCCUAGUUACACGAUCUGGAGGCUUAAAACAUUAUCGUUUCAAGAAUCUGUAGACAUCUUUUAUCAGCAUCUGUACACAAAAACUGCAAAGGUGCUUGUGUUUUGAAUUCCAUUUUGGUUUUAUUUAUUGACAUACUCCCUGGAGACAACUUGAAUAUGUGUGUCAUGUCAUCUAAUCUUGAACCUUGCUAGAUACGUAUAUUUAUGUUUGAAUAUGUGUCAUGUUACUUCUUUUCUUCCUUA